AGGUCUAUAUCUUUAAACCUGACAUUUGACAUCUUGAGUCUUUUUAACUGACUUCAAUUAAGGGUUCGGGGAAUAUGCCUCAUAGCCACUGCCACUCACUCAGGAGCUUGGGUGAAACUCCAUCACUCUCUUGUUUCACACUUGAGUCUAAUCCUAAAAGCUUUGAAGAUGGAAUUUUCUUGCCCAGCAGCUGUCACAGCAGAACAUGGCUCCUGGACAACUUUCAGGAAACAUCCAGUGAAACCUCCACCUGCCAACUGGCCACAAGUGGACAGAACAAAUGCAAAGUGGACCCCUGUGUGCAAAGUUCCUGGAACUCCAGAGCUGACCAAACGACCUGUUCUAAUUCCAAGACCUGUGAAAGAACAGCAAGCCAGUCUGCAACCUCCCUAGCUGUGCCCAAGUGUGCUUCUCAACCCUUCCCAUCAAGAAACUGUCAGCAAGUGGGCUUUGCAGCCCAGAGCUACCAACCUGCAAGUUACACGGCCAAGUGUUACCCACUAAAAUCUACAGUGUCUGAGAGUUGCCGAACUGUGGAGUUUGAAUCCAGUCAAAGCUGCUGUCGGACCCCCGAGUCCAGUUCCUGUAAUUCCUUGAACAAUGUGGUCUCUGGGUCACAUCUUCUGGAAUCUUCAAGCACUCACGAGUCAAUGUGCUGUGUGACUGGUGGUUCACAAUUGCCUAGUAAGUGAAGGUUUUAUAAAGGAUAUGGUUGGUUUCAAUUGAUUUCUGAAUACUUGGAAACUUGAUUUCUCUAGAUCUAAAAUAACGGGUUUAUGUUUGUAUUUGUGGACAAAUGAACAUGCAUUUUUCAACUACUCUUUCCAAAUUCUUUUGGGGAUUUCUGGUGGUAAGCUAGAGUCAUAAAACCCGCUAAAUAUUUAGAUCACCAAGACACUUUAAUUUUCACCAGGGAAUAACCAUUGUUUCUUAAAAGGACAACUUUUUACUUCUAGCUAU